CUAACCGCAGUAUUCUGAAGAAGGCAGUAUAUAAUACAGUGUGCUGCAGCGGAAAACAGUCGUAACGUAAGCAGGUGGAAAUUCCAAGAAGGCGCGAGAGCAGUUUUGAAAGCGUGCGCAUCUCCAGUGAGUUCACUGUAUGAUUAUUACAACACAAGGAAAAAUCCGUAGUGCGUUGAAACCAACGGAGAACGUUCUACAACAUCAUGCAUUGAACACGUUUUCGCACAACAACAAAAAAGCUAGACUCAGGCAUUGCGAUCACUCUCUUUAAACCUGACUGAUCACUCCUGAAGGACGUUUGAGAUAAAAUGCUCCUGCAGCCACAAAAACCCGAAAUGAGCUUUUCCGCAUUUUACUUUCGGUGGAUUCUACUAUUCGCGCUUUGUGUUGAAGUCCUUGUGGUGGCGUAGUGACUCGCCUCAAUCCGGGUGGCGCAGGACGAAUCUCAGUUGCCUCCGCGUCUGAGACCGUCAAUCUGUGCAUCUUAUCAUGUAGCUUGUUGAGCAUGUUACUGCAGACCUAGUGCGUGUGGAGGCUUCACGCUAUUCCCCGUGGCAUCCACGCACAACUCACCAUGCGCCCCACCGAGAGCGAACCACAUUAUGGCGACCAUGAGGAGGUUACCCCAUGUGGCUCUACCCUCCCUAGCAACAGGGCCAAUUUGGUUGCUUGGGAGACCUGGCUGGAGUCACUCAGCACACCCUCAUUCGAACUCGUGACUCCAAGUGUGGCAGUCAGCGUCUUUACUCACUGAGCUACCCCGGCCCCCCCGUUAUCAUUUGUUUUAUUUAAUGUUUAGACUAUUCUGAUGGAAAACAUUUAUCCAUUUAAAAUACUGUAAAUGAUGUGAUCCGAGGAGCGUUUGAACAGCGGUGAAACACUUUCUUAUGAUGUGUUACAUUCAUACGAGCAGACAGAGGGCACUUUUACACUGUUAUGAGUGAAAAGAUGGAUUUGUUGUUAUUGAGGAUCUUUGGGAGCUUAAUAGAGAAACUACAGCAUGUUUUUUUUUUUUUUUACAGCUUAACAGAAAACAGUUAGAAAUACUUUAAUAGAUGAAACAUAAAUCCAAUAAAUAACAGAUUACAUGAUUCAUGUCUUGUCAAUGUUUUUCAUGUGGUUAGGGUAUUUUUUUACAAGAAAUGCUAACUAAUGUAGCCAUUAACAACUUAUAGAAAGCUACAAAUAAUAUAUUUUCUGCCUCAUUCUAUGAACAGAAUCCACAUAUGAUCAGAAAAAGAUGUUGUUGUGUAUACGCUGUGGGGUUUUGAAGUUUGGAGCAGCAGAAAUAGUUAACCUUGUGUAAAUUGUCAUUGAAGCAUUUAGCUUUAUGCUAGGCUAAAAUGCUAUGACUUGCCUUUACAUGCAUCUGUUACCAGGCGUGAUUAUAUUUUAUAGUGAAUUCUAUGACAGAUAUUCACAUUGGGGCAUCACUUCUUUUCUCUAGUAAGACCUUUGAUAUUAGGGUAAAAAUGUACUGCAAAAAUCUUAUUCAUAAUGAGAAUUUAAAUAUUGUUUUUCUGUAAAAAAUAAAUAAAAAUGUAAUCUUUAAAACAAGAUGAAUUUACUUCAGUAGCAAAACUGCAUAAGAUAUUUAGGCUUUUUUUUUUUUUUUUCCAGAGAAUGUUUGUUUUUAAAUAUAGGUGUUUUUUCUUUAUUUAUUUGUUUAUAGUCAAAACAAGUGAUAAAAUCUACCAGUGCUGAAGAAGUAAUCCAAAGUAUUUAUAUUAUGUUCCUGACCUUGAGUAAUCUAACUGAAUACGUUACAAAUGAUAUUUUACAGCAUGUAUUCUUUAAUCUGUAGCGGUAUACUUUUUAAAAGUAACCUUCCCAACACUGUGUAUAUUAUACUGACCUUUAUAUUUCCCGAUCAACACUGAUGGAAUGAAUGAAACAUUAACAGUGUUUAAUAGAUGGGCAAAUCAGAACACAUUAAAUGUUACAUUUGUUUAUAUCUUAAACUUUACAUUUGAGAAUGUUCAUUAUGACAUUUUUGCGACUCACUUUGCAUUGAAAUAAUUUAAUUAUUUUAAUUAUUUUUUAUUAUCAUCUAUGUCUUGUUGCUGUUUUUAUAUUGUUGUACACUGAACGCUCCUGUCACCAAGACAAAUUCCUUGUAUGUGUAAGCAUACUUGGCAAUAAUUCUGAUUCUGAUUGUAGGUAUGCAUUUUAUUAUUAUGUGUGUCACCUGGAAAUUAAACCCAAACCUUUGCAUUGCUAGCACCAUGCUCACUGUAUAAAAUGCAACAAUAAAAAAUGUUUUUAUUAGUUAACAGAUAGUUACCUUAACAUGUUGUAUACAGUAUGGUAAAAAGUAUGAUUUUACCAUCAAAUUAACUGUAAAAAUGUAUAUUAUGUUUAAGAAGACAAUACAUGGACUUUUUUAACGUUUAAAAUUACGGUAAAAAACAAUAACAAAUACCAGAUAGUUUACAGUACGGUUAAAAAUUAUAAUAUAUUUAAUAAGACAGUAUAUGUAAACUAUUUUUACAGUAAAAUAUUUAUUUAAAAUAUUGCAAAAAAAUAAAUAAAAAUAAAUAAAAAGUGGUUAGUAUUUUAGUUUUUUAGAUGUAAGAAGUAUGAUUUUACCAUAUAGUUAACUGUAAAAAUUUAUAUUUUAUUUAACGAGAGACUACAUGUAAUUUAUUUACUGUUAAAAUUACAGUUAAAUUACGGUAUGGUACAAAAUUAUGAUAUUUUAACAAGACAAUACAUUUAAACUAUUUUUACAGUAAAAUGUUUAUUAAAAAUAUUGUAAAUAAAUAUUUUCUUUAGAUCUAAAAAGUAUGAUUUUACCAUAUAAUUAACGGUAAAAAAAAUUAUUAUGACCCAUCACAUUUGAUUAUACCAGUCAAGCUAAAGAAAUAUUUUAUUUAUAAUUACAUUUAUAAAUAUAUUGUAUAUAAUUAAUAUUUAUGAGCUAAGCCAUUACCACGUCAUGACAUCACAAUUUAUUUUUCCAGCACCUCAGUCCCUCACUAACCUUUAUUAUUGAAUAUAUUAAAACAGUUAUCAAUUCCAUAAAAACAAAUUUCAUUGUAAUUUUUCCUCUUCAAGGGAACUCGAUGCACAUGACACAUCUCAGAAAAUUUCACUUCACUGCUGGUAUUGCAUUUAAAAUUGAAUGCAACAGAGUCAGUGAAAUGCAGAAUGUGAGUGUGAGCUGGAGCCAAAGGACGAAUCGCAGCUUGGAAAACAUCACAGGAAUAAAAAUUAAACACAACACACUGUGGUUUCUACCUGCUGAGUCCUUCCACAGCGGAAAUUACUCCUGUUUCAGCAGAAAUGGCAAUGAAACCUGGGAAACCAUCUUUUUGGUCUCCGUUGUGAAUGGAACGUGCCCUCAUUGGAACAGAAACGAUAUUGCAAAGAGCACAAAGGAACUUCGUUGUUUCCUGGAUCACAUCUUUGACUUCGACCCGCAAUAUCAAAUCACCUGGUUCAAGGACUGCAGCCCAUUAAAUGUGACUAACAGUACGGUUGUCCAGAUCAACAGAUCAUCAGAGAUGGCUGGACUGUACACUUGCUUUGUGACCUUCACUUUUGAAGGGCAAAACUACACUUCUGCCCAGACCACACUAAUUAAAACCCACUCCUUAGAUGAUGGAUUUACGCAGCCCACAGUUAUCUUCCCCAAGAAUGAAACACACUCCGUAAAACUUGGUGAAAGUUUUAAGCUCACCUGUAAAGCGUUCAUUGGGAAGGACAACAUAGAGGAAACAAUGAUGUAUUGGUCGAGUGACUCUGAAUCUAUAAAUCUAAACAACUGCGACAUCACUGUGGAAGAGAACAAGUAUAUGCUUUGUACGCUAAACAUCCCUGAAGUCACGGCAGAAUUUUUGCAUACUAAUCUUUACUGUCGCAUUCAACACUCAGCAGGACAUGAUUAUGGAACAUUGCGGCUUAUUCCAGCCAAUCAGAGUGAGCGUUAUUGUUGGAUAGUUGUUGGUGUAGUCACUGUGCUCAUAUUAUUGGGUGCAGUGCUUUUCCAUCUGUUUAAAGUGGACCUGGUGCUGACUUACAGGGAUCUCUGCUUGCCUUUGUCUGUACAGAGUGAUGGAAAAUCUUAUGAUGCGUAUGUCAGUUAUCUCCAUGGUGACCAACUGAGCUUAUCUUCGACAAUGACCUUUGCCCUGCAUUUCCUUCCUGCGGUCCUGGAGGAUCUUUAUGGUUACAAACUGUUCAUCAGUGGACGUGAUGAAAUUCCUGGAGAAGCGGUGCAGGAUGCCAUUGCUGAUAGAAUGAAUCAAUGUAGAAGGCUGAUCAUCGUUCUUACGUCACAGAGCUUUGCAAAGCCUCAGACUGACGCCAAAAAGAGUCUUUUAUCCGAUUGUGAGCUAGCUGUGAUGCAAACAAAUCCUGUGCAAUUAUGGGGCACAUACGAGCAGCGAGUGGGUCUCUAUGACGCUCUUGUGAAGGAGGGUCUGAAAGUGAUCCUGGUGCAGGUGGACGACGGGGUGGAAGAGUCUCUGCUGCCAGAAUCUCUGCGAUACAUCAGCCGCAACAAAGGCAUCCUGAAAUGGAGGACAAACAGCAGCGAAAGCGCAAACAGAAAGUUCUGGAAGUAUCUACGGUACCGUAUGCCUCCAACACGCCAGCAGAAGAGCAAACAGAUUAUGACGCUUUGAGAAAUGGUCUAUCAU